UGCACGCCACUACGCUUUGACAUAAAUUUGCUAAACGUAUCACUCCUAGUCGACCUUAUGCCCCUUUGGCUUUGCACAUCCCACGUUUUCCAGCGACUGGAAAAGUAUGACUUUCUCGGAUCCCUGGCCACGAACAGGCCAUGAUGUGAGGCAACAUUACUACGCGCAAUACGACAGAGACAUCCAAUCCGGCAAAUAUGAACCUUUGACGUAUCCUUGGGGCGGUAUCGGAGCUUUCGUCGUCGUCCUCUAUUUACUUGUUCCGCAUCGAAAUCGACCCUGGUUACGGAAAGCACGCUACCUUGCGUUUGCUUGGGACCUGGUGGUCACGAUAUACACCAUCAGAAAUGUGCGGGCGAAGGAUGUCGCAACAACGCUCGGUAUCGGGCUGAUUUCUGCAUGGAGUGUCAUUUGGAUCGGGGCGAUCUUGAUCUGCAACGACUGUCAGACGGAUUUUCAAAGAAUCGAGAGAACGGAAGGAAUGUUCGGAAGUAACAGCACUGAUAAGAAGGAAUCCCAGAGCGGAACUAGUAACUCCCACGUCAAGAGCCGGAAGCAGAGCAAUGCCAGGGCUCAGGAUGGUACGGCAAAUGGACACGUGGAGCCACACGAACACCUCGGACCGGGCCAACGACACGGGGAAUUCGCGUGGCAGCCUUAUCCUCUCACGCCCUUCAUCGAGCGACUAGACUGGGUAAUGGACGUCUUUCUGAACUUUAGAGGCGCGGGAUGGACCUGGAGGACUUCAGCAACUCCUCCACCCCCCAAAUGGGUGCAAGAACAGCUACACCGAAACUCGCCUCACCCACCCCGUCAUUCCUUCCGCAUCCAUUCUAGCCAACCAAAAGUGUUCCCUACGCGGCGCAAACUCCUCAUUGAGAAUAUGAAGACUCUCAUAGCGGGAUACCUGAUCCUGGAUGCACUCAAAGCCCUCACGAAUCACGACCCGUACUUUUGGGGCCUUGUCGACCGAGAACCGCCGGAGUACUUCCCGGCGAUUAUCACCGAAAAUCCGGUACUUCUCCGGAUAUGCCGUCUCAUGGUGUGCCAGUUCGCUAUCAAGUGGGCACUCGAAGCUAUUUUCUCGCUAGCGCCUCUCUUCUUUUCUGGCGUCCUCGGUCCUUCUAUUCUCGGUGCACGAGCGGAGCCGUGGAUGUACCCAGCAACCUGGGGCUCGUAUACUUUUGUUCUUGACAUGGGACUCGCAGGGUGGUGGUCCGCAUGGUGGCACCAAACUUUUCGCUUUGCGUUCGAACAGCCGAGCCGAAAACUCAUCAAAGUCACCGGGAUGAAUCCAAAGUCUCCCAUCUCGAAGCUCCUCCAACUCAUCAUUGCCUUCGGACUCUCCGGCUUCCUCCACGCAUGCGGCAGCUACACAUGCCACGGCCAAACCCGCCCAAUCAUGGGCCCCAUGCGCUUCUUCCUCCUCCAAUCCCUUGCCAUAUUCACCGAAGCCCUCCUCAAACAGAGUAUUCGCAAAUCCGGCAUGCAGCGUCACAUACCCCGAUGGAUAAAGCGCAGUUUCACUUUCUUUUAUGUAUAUUUUUGGUUCUAUCAUACGUCUGGCUUGCUAUGCGAUGAUUUCGCCAAAGGGGGCGUGUGGCUGUUUGAGCCGAUCCCGAUUUCAAUAUUCAGGGGACUGGGGUUUGGUGUCGAGGGUGACGGAUGGUGGUGCUGGGGAGGAAUUGGGCUUGGAUGGCAUCGUGGGGAUCGGUGGUGGAAGAGUGGGAUCGCUCUAUGAAACGUAAUUCCACUUUGAUCCUACUUCUAUAGCAUCCAAAUUGCUUUAAGUGCAAAUUCAAUAAUGAAGAGACGUCAAGUUGGUAUCCAAGCG